GAAUUAGACGUCACGUGAUGACGUGUUGCAAAGGCAUAAACACGCCCCUUACGUCGAGAACUGCGCUUUUUGACAGCGAAAAUAGCAAGAGAGGCUAUAUGUGUGAUACAAACAUUGCAACAAACUCGCCAGGAUAAACGUAAUGCGAAGGAGCCUGUGAGUGGCGUGCUCGUGAGCGCGCAGCAGAAACCGCGGGGUCGAGCUGAGGGUGAGAGGCGCGUGCAGGUGAGCUGAACUCUUCAGCUCCACCCGGACUGUCCAAGUGUGCAGGCCGUGCAAUAUUAAUGGGAUUGAGCAUGGUUAGCGGUAAUUUGGGCUUCUGCACACGAUGACCUUCCUCAUCCUCAUCCUCGCUGAGCAUGGCGGAGUCAGAUGGUGUGGAGUUCUCUGUGAAUCGAGCUCAAAGCAGCAUGGCUAACAACAAGAAUAGCACGCUCCGUUGUACUUUCUCGGCCCCCAGCCACAGCAACACUCUCCUGAGGGGGUUGUCUGCGUUGCGUGAUCAAGGUCAGUUGCUGGAUGUGGUUCUGGCCAUUGACAACGAGCGCUUUGAGGUUCACAAAGCGGUUUUGGCCUCCUGCAGUGACUACUUCAGAGCCAUGUUUACUGGAGGAAUGAAGGAGUCAAACCAAAACACCAUAGAGCUAAAAGGUCUUUCAGCUAGAGGACUGAAGCACAUUAUUGAUUUUGCCUAUAGUUCUGAGGUCACUUUGGACUUGGACUGCAUUCAGGAUGUUCUUGGUGCAGCUGUCUUCCUGCAGAUGGUGCCUGUGGUGGAGCUUUGUGAGGAGUUCCUGAAAUCAGCCAUGAGUGUUGAGACUUGUCUAAACAUUGGCCAGAUGGCCACCACAUUCAGCCUCUCAUCCCUUAAACAGUCAGUCGAUGCAUAUACGUUCCGUCACUUCCUGCAGAUAGCUCAGGAGGACGACUUUCUUCACAUUCCAAUGGAACGACUGGUUUUCUUCCUUCAGAGCAACAAGUUGAAGAACUGUAGUGAGAUCGACUUGUUCCGUGCCGCGAUCCGCUGGCUGCAGCAUGAUGCAUCCAGACGAGCUGCGGCCAGCGAAGUGCUCUGCCACGUGCGCUUCCCGCUAAUGCGAUCGUCUGAGCUUGUGGACAGUGUCCAAACUGUCGACAUCAUGGUCGAGGAUGUGCAGUGUCGACACUUUCUCCUAGAGGCCUUUAAUUAUCAGAUCCUUCCGUUCCGACAGCACGAAAUGCAGUCGCCUCGAACUUCCAUUCGCUCAGACGUCACGUCGCUAAUUACUUUCGGUGGAACACCCUACACCGACAACGACCGCACUGUGAGCAGCAAAGUUUACUACCUGCCUGACAUCACGGUGCGACAGUUCAAAGAGUUGACCGAAAUGGAGAUGGGAUGCAGCCACGCAUGCGUGUCGGUCCUCGACAAUUUUGUGUACGUCGUGGGUGGCCAGCAUUUGCAGUAUCGCAGUGGAGAGGGCGCAGUUGACAUCUGUUUUCGCUAUGACCCCCAUCUGAACCAGUGGCUUCGAAUCCAACCCAUGCAGGAGAGCCGCAUUCAGUUUCAGCUCAACACACUGCAAGGGCAACUUUAUGCUACAGGGGGACGCAACCGGUCUGGCAGCUUGUCCUCUGUGGAGUGCUAUUGUCCAAGGAAAAACGAGUGGACUUAUGUGGAUUCCCUGAAGAGGAGAAUCUGGGGUCAUGCCGGAGCUACGUGUGGAGAGAAACUCUACAUCUCCGGAGGUUAUGGGGUGUCUGUGGAGGAUAAGAAGACUCUUCAUUGCUAUGAUCCAGCCUUGGAUCAGUGGGAUUUCAAGUGUCCCAUGAACGAGCCGAGAGUUCUGCAUGCUAUGAUCAGCGUAAACAGUCGUAUUUAUGCUCUCGGUGGCCGAAUGGACCAUGUUGACCGCUGCUUUGAUGUUCUAGCUGUAGAGUAUUACAUUCCAGAGACCGAUCAAUGGACAACGGUCAGUCCGAUGCGCGCUGGUCAGUCGGAGGCUGGCUGCUGCUUGCUGGAUAAAAAGAUCUAUAUAGUUGGAGGAUACAACUGGCACCUAAAUAACGUCACAAGUAUUGUGCAAGUUUAUAAUACGGAGACGGAUGAGUGGGAAAGAGAUCUUCAUUUUCCAGAAUCCUUUGCAGGAAUAGCUUGUACGCCUAUCAUACUUCCCCAAACAACCACCCAGCGCUAAGCACACAGCUAAGCUGCUUAAGGUUUCGUGUCCACGCAGACAGCAGUAAAAUGAAUGGUAUAUUUGGCUUGCUCUCAUUGAAAAGGGACAGUGUUAUGUCUUUGUUUUCCAAGCAUGAAUGAUUUAAAGUCUGUUUACAUCGGUAUGAGUGAAUGACAUGAAAGCACAAAUUUUCCUGAUGAGCUUUUUGAGAAUGUGAAGCAUCUUUCUACACACUUCUCAAGCAGUAACAUAGUCUUCGGCCCUUCUUGUAGACUGCCCCAUUUCAUACUAAUGAGGGUUUCUUACAAGUGCCUGUGGGAUUUGCAUUGAUGACAGACUUGAAUGGACCAACAACACUGGGGCAAUAUCAUGGCCGGUUCUCACUGGUUUUUACAACAAAACCAAUUAGUCUGAUUUGAAUUUCGGUCAUUUACUGAGAAGGAAAAAAAAAAAUAGCAAUUUGGACUUGUUGUAUAAUAGAAUAGGCCUUUGUUCAUCUAAUUUAGAGAUGAUUUGAUUAUCUCAUGAGAGUUAUAUUUCACUGGGUAAAAAUAUUUUAACCUACCUACACUUUUG